AACUCAGGGGUUGUGGGCCCCUUGACCCCAAUUCUUCCUGACUCCUGAACACCCCAGGGUCCCUGCACAGGGCUCCUCUCCUUCCUGAUGGCUCUGCUGGUCUCAUUUCCUAGAGGGAAUCAGGCCAUGGCUUGGAUCCUGCUUCUGCUGAUGUCAGCUGCGUGUCUGCAAGCUGGUAACUCAGCAGGAUCCAAGAAUAAAAGUACCUUUGGAGUCAACCAACCAACAAAUCUCUCCAGUAUCCAGGGCAGCUCCAUCGAGAUUCCUUUCUCCUUCUCCUUCCCCUGGGAGAUGGCACAGAAUCCACAGAUGAGGAUUCUCUGGAAAUGGCAACACCUCCUUGGGGAAUUUAUCUACAACUCCUCCUCAGGUUACACACAUAAGCAUUUCAAGAACCGGCUCUUCCUGAACUGGACACAGCCUCAGACAUCCAGAGGCCUCAGAAUCCUGGACUUGAAGGAGAAGGACCAGACAAAGUACUUUUGCCAAGUUCAACUGAACACAACAGAAGGCAUGAAGGGUUUGCAGUCAAUUGCAGGGACCCAGCUGACCAUCACCCAUGGCAUCAGCACCACCAUGCAGAGCCCCUCCAUCAUCACCUCUGCAGUCACCACAGCUGGCCUGGAGGACACAGAGGGCCAGAGGAAUCCUUCACUUGUGAACCUGGGAGCCAUGGUCGGGGUGGUUUUGGCCACGGCUGUGCUCAUAACCCCCAUCUGUGUAUUGAUGAUCUUCCUCUGGAGGAAGAAAAGAGGGACAGCUGAGGACCGUCCUCAGGUCCUGCUGACUCUCAGAGCUGUCCCUGAAUGUCUGCUGCAGAGCUAUUUGCUGCCCUGGCCCCCUGAUGUUGUCUGA